AUUCAAAACACUAAAACCCUAAUUGAUAGCCUCCUAAUUGGUAACCUUCUUCCAAUGGCCAGGAAACGAAAAGCCGCUUCCUCUCAACAAUCGCAAGUACAAAAACCCAAAGUUGUGGCAGUAGUACCAGAAGAAGUGGAAGAGGAGGAAGAAGAAACCUCUGAAGAAGAAUCAGAAGAAGAGGAAUCGGAAGAAGAGGAGGAAGAAGAGUCCUCAUCCGAAGAGGAAGAAGAAGAGUCCUCAUCGGAAGAGGAAGAAGAAAAUGAUGAGGAAUCAAAACGGGCCACCAUCCGAGAGCUAUUAGAACCCUUUGGAAAAGACCAAGUAAUAGACCUCCUUAAAGAGGCGGCUACGAAGGACACCGUGCUUUUUGACAAGAUUGUCCAAGUAGCCGACUCUGACCCGACCCACCGGAAAAUAUUUGUCCAUGGGAUCGGCUGGGAUGCCACCUCCGACCAGCUCCUCAUGGCCUUCAAGCCCUUUGGAGAAAUUGAGGACAGCAAGCUAAUUACAGAUAAGAAUACGGGUAGGGCAAAGGGCUAUGCAUUUGUUCUCUUCAAGACCCGGGCAGCUGCUAAGAAGGCAUUGAAAGUUCCCCAGAAAAAAAUUGGGAACCGGAUGGUAUCAUGCCAAUUGGCUUCAGCGGGUCCUACGACCCCAACUCAGUCAUCGGAGCCCAGUAGCUGGAAGGUUUUUGUGGGGAAUGUGGGGCCCAAUGUGAAUGCGGAGAAGCUUAAGGAGUUUUUUAGGAAGUUCGGAGAGAUUGAAGAAGGGCCAAUAGGGCUUGAUCCUGCAACUAAUAAGUUUAGAGGGUUUGCGGUUAUUACAUACAAGUCAGUUGAAGGGUAUAAAAAGGCAUUGGAGGAGCCGUUUAAAGUGCUUGAGAACUGCCAUUUGCAAUGAA